GCAAUGCUAAGGCUCCCACAAUGAGCCUGACUGUAUUACCACUGAGCUCUGUCUAAUUAUACACUCUCUGAGAGAGAGAGAGAGAGAGAGAGAGAGAGAGAGAGAGAGAGAGAGAGAACGAGAGAGAGAGCGAGAGAGAGAGAGAGAGUCAGCAUAUUAGGCAGGGGGAAGAAUAAGUUAUAAAGGGUUACCAUGUUUCAGAGAGAGUUACUAAGAGAGAUGAGCAUAGAUGAGAGUUGCGAGGGUGAAAUAGAAAGUGUGUGUCGGUAAGAGGGAAGGAAAGAAAAAGGGAGGGGGAGUUGGAGAGAUCAAGCAAACGGGGAGAGAGAGUGCACUAAGAGGGAGAGAGAGAGAGAGAGAGAGCUUCAGAGGUGAGAGAGAUAUCGAGAGAGAGAGAGAGAGAGCAAACAGGCAUACAGAGUGUGAGAAGGAGGAGAGGCAGGAAUAGAGUGAAGGGAGGGAAAGCUGAGCAACAGCAAGAGACGGAGAGAGAGAGAGAGAGAGAGAGAGAGAGGAAGAGAGAGAGAGUGAGUGAGAGGAGGAAGAGGCUCGCAGUGUCUAAACUGGAUAUUCCUACGUGCCUGCUGCCGCCUGAUCCAAUGAGUAAACUCUGUGCUACUCGCUACGCAAAGGCACCUAGAGAGGUGAGUGGUGCUUCAGUGCUAAAAAGUCAGCACUGAUCUGACAGUGAUGCUGUGUAGAGGCUCUCCCCUCACUCUGCGCCCCUCGUUCUCCCGUGAGGCCCAUGUGACCUAGCCUACACCCACACACAGGGGGCCCCCACUGCCGCUGGAGCCCACCCAUGAAUCCCAGCCCCGACCGCGGCAAAGAGUGCCUCCCUCCUAAGAAGAGGGAGUCUCGGCAAGGAUCGGCAGAGCAGCACGCCCCUUUGGACGAGUUUAAACCUCCUGUGCCCUUCCGGAGUCGGCCCAGCACAGGGAGAGGGGAGGGAGGCAGGGAAGCCAUUGACAGCGACAGGGCUCUGAUUAACUCAAACCCCCAUCUCCUACCCUCUCCUCCACCCCUCCCUGUCCCAGCCCCUGGGCUCCCCCUGCCUCUACCAUGGCACCUGCCCUACUCUCCAUCUGUCUCUCUUCCACUUUUCCCCGGACAGGUAGGGGAGAGGAGGGGCUCAGGAUCUCCCUCCUGGAGAGAAGAUCCUCUCUCCUCAACACUCCCCCAUCACUCCCGGUGGCUCCGGGGAGAUGGACCCCUCACCUUGCCAGCCUCCCCAUCCUCCUCCUCCUCCUCCUUUAAGACUCCCUUCCCAGCUGAUUCAAGAGAGAUGUGGUCCUAUUUAAACAGCGGCCGACGGGACUACAGCUCCUCUCUGUUCUCCCCGUCACACUUGUUUAGCCAUCCCCCUCUCUACCACACUGACCCCAGCCUAAUCGAAGCCAGACAUAGGUACCUGGUGAAAAGACCCAACGGCUUGGAUGGGCCAGGCAGCAGGACUGCCUCAACCUCCAGGCUUCCCCUCGCAGGAGAGUAUGGGAACGACAGCAGCAGAACCAGGUUGGACAUCAGUCCCCACAGCUCCCACACCAACGGUGGGCGGAGGCAGCAGGAGGACCUGACAGGUCGUGUCCAGUCUGGAGGGGCAUUUUUUUCAGACUCCCAAGCUCAGGAGGGCCAGGAGACACAUUCCUCACUGCAGGACAGGGACACUCAUGGGAUAGUUAAGACCAGCUCAAAUUUACUCUCCAGCAGUCCCCAUCGUCUCGGACCAGACCCCAGGGCAGGUAGAGGAGGAUUGUUGGACCCUCUGGGGGCUCCACCAGCCGAGGCCCAGAUCUAUUACUCCCUACCAUCUGUGUACCACCACACCCCUCAGGCCCAGACGUACCCACUCUACAGCCCCUCAGGAACACCUCUUUACAGGGAGCCAGGCCCCAGGCAGCACAGUCUGAGAAACUCACCACACUCACCACUGAGCCUGCCUAACAGCCAUGACAGGACACAGCGAGACCGGGAGAGAGAGCCGGAAAGAGACCAAGAGAGAGACAGAGAGAGAGACAGAGAAAAAAUCCUAGAAAGAGACAGAGAACGAAGUAAAGACAGGGACAAAGAGACAGACAAAGACAAACAUGACAAAGACAGUGAACGAGAGAGGCGACAGGACAGAGAAAGAGACCGAGGGAGAGAGUUCUCUCCUGGACAGUAUUCCCAUCCUCACACCUCACCCCCUGCCCUUCAACCAUCUCCCCCUGCGCUCCUACCUCACUUCACCAAGGGUUCUCUGAUUGAGUUGGCCAGCGGGCGGCUCAAGCGGGUGGAGGAGCUGCGGACCGAGGACUUCCUGAGGAGUGCGGACACCUCCCCAGAGUUCCACCUCAGCACCUGCACGGUGCUGCUCAUCGCCCCCAGCAACACACAAGGCUUCAGCCACCUGCAGGUCCACCUCACAGACCGCAACACUCAGGAGUUACUGAAGGUCUUGGUGGAGUAUCCGUUCUUCGUGCGGGACCGAGGCUGGUCUUCUUGCUGUCCCCAGAGAACCACACAGCUGUAUGGCUUGCCCUGUCGCCAGCUCGCGGAGGGCGAUGUCUGCCUGGCUCUCACCCCCACACCCACCCAAACCCACCGGACACACGCACGUACUGGCUCCAGGGCCCAUCGCAUGCACUUCCCCUCCAGGGCUGGAGGAGAGUCCCGCAGCUCCCACAGAGAGGAGAUGCCACCUCCACCCCCUCCUCCGCCUCUUCCUCACCACCCACCACCUACAGUUCUGGCACCUCCCCCUGCCCCGACGGUGGACCCUCCCGUUCAGGAGCAGCCACGUCCUCGCAAAAGGCGCUGGUCUGCCCCGGACACCCUGCCCACAACCGGAACUGAUGAAAGCCUCCCGGAUUUACCUCAUGGCUCCAAGCAAAUGAAGUGGCAGUAGAAACUCGCACAUGCAUACAUACACAUAAAUACCUACAUACAUACAUAUGCACACACACACACACACACACACACACAAGCACACACACACCCUCCUUGUCUCUGUUGCACCCAACAAGUCAAACAAUGGAGAGACCUCAAGGCAGGGUUGCAGGGAAGGAA